GCAGAAAGAAAGGCGCACGGAUUUCAGCGCACGGAUGCGCGCAACAGACCCCGCUGUUCACCGGGAAGACAAGACAAGGCAAAAACCCACUGCUUUCAUGGGAAUAAGUCACUCCGACGCGCUCGCAGUUGCCGUCUGAGCGCGUUAGAAGUGGACCCGAGCUUAAUUCUGCAGCUUUUUUGGUCUCCGUCUUGUUCUAAAAAAUGACAGGGCUCUUUCUGAACCGAAUGUGGACCGUUCUGGUGUGCGCGGCGCUGGCAUCGCAGCUCGCCACCAGCAAGACUCUCAAAUACCAGGUCUACGAGGAGCAGAAGGUCGGCACGGUCCUCGCGCGGCUGAAAGAAGACGUGGCUGAUGUUUUGGCCAAACUUCCCAGCUUCGUGUCGCUGCGCUUCCGAGCCAUGCAGCGGGGAGGGAGCUCCUCUCUCCUCGCCGUGCGCGAGCAGGACGGAGAGAUCAGCAUCCGGAGCCGGAUCGACCGCGAGAAACUCUGCGAGAAGAACCUGAACUGCUCCAUCCAGUUCGACGUGCUGACGCUGCCCACGGAGCACCUGCAGCUGUUCCACGUGGAGGUGGAGGUGCUGGACAUCAACGACAACGCGCCCCAGUUCUCGCGCGCCCUCGUCCCCAUCGAGAUCUCUGAGAGCGCGUCCGUAGGGGCGCGCAUCCCCCUGGACAGCGCCACGGACCCCGACGUGGGGGAGAACUCGCUGGACACGUACGCCCUGGAGCCCAACGACUUCUUCAGGCUGGACGUCCAGUCUAGGGGGGACGGGGUGAAGUACCCGGAGCUGGUGGUGAUGAGGGAGCUGGACCGGGAGGUGCGAGCAGGGUACGAGCUCAAGUACACGGCCUCUGACAGGGGCGUGCCCCCCAGGACAGGCACGACCCUGCUCAAGAUCAGCGUGGCGGACUCCAACGACAACAGCCCCGUGUUUGAGAAGUCCUCCUACGUCGUCAGCCUCCCCGAGAACUCACCUGUUGGCACAGUUCUCGUGGACCUGAACGCCACGGACGCGGACGAAGGCACCAACGCCAAGAUAAUGUACUCAUUCAGCAGUCACGUGUCCCCCAAGAUCAUUGAGACCUUCAAAAUCAACCCGGACAGCGGCCACCUCACUCUGGUCAGACGCGUGGACUACGAGACCCUGAACUCCUACGACAUCGACGUGCAGGCGCAGGACAUGGGCCCCAACUCCAUGCCCGCGCACUGUAAGAUACUCGUCAAGGUGGUGGACGUGAACGACAACAAGCCGGACAUCAGCAUCAGCCUCAUGUCCGCGCAGGGGAACGGGGACGCGGCGUACGUGUCUGAGGGUUCCCCGCUGGACACGUUUGUGGCGCUGGUGCGCGUGGAGGACCUGGACUCCGGCCAGAACGGAGAGGUGCAGUGUAAGCUCCACGGCCAGGGCUUCUUCAAGUUGCAGAAGUCCUACGAGAACAACUACAUGAUCCUGACCAACGUGUCCCUGGACAGAGAGAAGAGGUCAGAGUUCAGCCUGACGGUUGUGGCGGAGGACCGCGGGACACCCAGCCUCUCCACCGUCAAACACUUCACCGUGCACGUGACCGACGAGAACGACAACCCGCCUCAUUUCGAGAAGGGACACUAUGAGGUCUCUAAGUCGGAGAACAACGCCCCCGGCGCCUACCUGACGUCCAUCCUGGCCACUGACCCGGAUCUAGAUGCAAAUGGACAGGUGAGCUACUCCAUUUUGGAGAACUCAGUACACGGAAGCUCCAUCUCCACCUACGUCACCAUCGACCCGUCCAAUGGCGCCAUCUAUGCUCUGCGCACGUUUGAUCGGGAGGAUGUGAGUAAGAUCAGUUUUGUAGUUCAAGCCAGAGAUGCCGGGAAGCCGUCCCUGAACAGCAACACCACUGUCAUCCUGACCAUCCUGGAUGAGAACGACAACCCCCCAGUUAUCGUGGUGCCCCAGCUGUGGAAUUUCACAGCCGAUGUUGCGGCGUUGAAGUACACGGAGGCUGGGAACUUGGUUACUGUAGUGAGGGCAAACGACCGGGACGCGGGGGUCAAUGCCGAGCUCAUCUGCUCCAUUGUCAGCGGAAAUGAGGAAGGCUUCUUCUUCAUGGACCCAAGAGCAUGUGAAAUCCACGCCAACGCCAGCCUGGAGAACUUCCCUCAUGAACAAGCCGAGCUCACUGUCGUGGUCCGAGAUCAGGGGACUGAGAGUCUCAGCGCCAAGGCGGUUCUCAAGAUCACCCUCUACGAGAACAUGGAGAACCACGCCCAGCCCAUGGACCAAGGAGGGACUCCCCUGGAUGCAUCUCUCAUCAUCAUCAUCUCCCUGGGGGCCAUCUGUGCCGUGUUGCUGGUGAUCAUGGUGGUGUUCGCUUCCCGCUGCAACCGGGAGAAGAAGGACACGAGGCACUCAUACAACUGCCGUGUAGCUGAAUCCACCCACCAGCACCACCCCAAGAAACCCUCACGCCAGAUUCACAAAGGUGACAUCACCCUGGUCCCAACAGUGAACGGGACCCUCCCCAUCAGAGCCCACCACCGCUCGCCCUCAGCCACGCCACCGCUGGAGCGGGCCCAGCUGGGCAGCCGGCAGAACCAGCACAGCCGCCAGUCCCUCAACAGCUUGGUUACCAUUUCCUCCAAUCACAUCCCAGAAAGCUUCGCCCUGGAACUGGCACACGCGACUCCACCAGUGGAGCAAGUCUCACAGCUUCUGUCCAUGCUCCAUCAGGGCCAGUACCAGCCCAGACCCAGUUUCCGUGGCAACAAAUACUCCCGCAGCUACAGGUAUGCAUUACAGGACAUGGACAAGUUCAGCCUGAAGGACAGUGGCCGUGGCGACAGUGAGGCGGGGGACAGUGACUGCGAGAUGGGGCGGGAGUCCCCUGUGGACAGGCUGCUGCUGGGGGAGGGUUUCUCUGACCUGAUGCACCUCGAAAUGCACCAUCGACUACACCCAGCUAUGAGACUGUGCACGGAUGAAUGUCGCGUCUUGGGACACUCUGACCAGUGCUGGAUGCCCCCCAUCUCCUCACCCACGUCCUCCGCCGACUACCGCAACAACAUGUACAUCCCGGGGGAGGAGUCCUCCCAGCAGCCCCCGCUGGAGGACGACCAGUCCUCCGUCGACUCAGAGCACCGCAAGAGCUUCUCCACUUUUGGCAAGGAGUCUGGGAACGAAGAGCUGGAGGGAGGAGGAGGAGGAGGAGGGGGAGGAGGAGGAGGAGGAGGGGACGCGUGUGCAGCUGGAGGAGGGGGGGCCGGCUCCCUCCUGACAGAGAUGAACUCCGUCUUCCAGCGACUCCUGCCCCCUAAUAUGGACUCCUACACGGAGUGCGCUGAAACAAAUCCACCCUCGUCUUCAUCGGCAGCUGAAAGAGGAAGCGGGCGCGGUGGCAGCAUUGCCGGUAACCAUAGUAACAGCGCUGUUCCUCAGGACAGCCGUAGGGGGUUGCUGCCAGGUGGUAAAGGUGCGGCCUACCCCCCGGGCGUCGCCGCCUGGGCUGCCAGUACCCACUAUCUCAACCCGGGAAGUGGAUCUGUUUGCACCAACCAUGUCUCUGCCUCCUCUUCUUCCUCUACAUCCUCGCCCGCAUCCUCCGCCUCCACCAACGGACAGCCGCCCCACCUGAAAUGGCUGCCCGCCAUGGAGGAGAUCCCGGAGAACUACGAGGAGGAUGACUUUGAUGGCAUCUUUCAUCCGGGUCACCAAGGCGGGAGGCGCGGCGAGAGCCACCACGAGGCGGGCAUGGACGCCACCGAGCUGGCUCACGAGAUCAACAAACUCUUGCAGGAUGUGAGGCAGAACUAGACACGCAGAGAGAGAGAGAGAGAGAGAAGGCCACGGUUCACCACAUUCUGGAGCCAACGUAAACAUUGCCUUGUUUACUCUGCCAAGCUUCCUCUUGGCCUCUCGGCUCCCAAUCUCGCAGAGAAAGGGCAUCAAAGCUGACGCUCCAAGAACAGACUGUUCACUCGUUCAUAAAGUUGCUUGAAAGAGAAAUUCCAAACGGAAAUCCAUCGACAUAAAAAAAAAUCUUGUUUUUUCUCAUUUGUAAUGUUUACAGCAACGUGAACAGACUUGGAAAAAAACAACUGUUGUGUGAUCUUGUUUCUGAUUCUCCGGUAUCCUGCAGUUUUGUAGUGUCUGUGGAAAAAGAGGAACUCACUUGAAUAUUGUGCCAUGUCUCCUGUUUUGUUAUUAUGGAAUGUAACUGUACAAUUUGACCUUUGUAUUUUAAAAAUACGCUCUUUUUUACUUCUAUAUAUAUUUAUAUGUGUUCGUUUAUGUUUGUACAGAAAAAGAAAGCAGAUGUCUAUUUUUUAUAUUUGUCGCUGCAUGCCUUGGUAUCUUAACGUGCCCCCUUUCCUUUUCCCUUUUUUAAUUUGUAACAGUUUUAUUUAAUUUUGUUAUUGAAUGUGCGUGUGCGUGUGUGUGUGUGUGUGUGUGUGUGUGUGUGUGUGCGUGCGUGCGUGCG